AUGGAAUCGCUCAACGAAAUAGUACUUUAUAGAAAUAAUCUAUCUGGUGUGAUCCCAGCCUCAUUGAGAAAAUUGACAGAGUUGAGUCAAAACCAACUAAGCGGUUUUAUUCCAGCUUCAUUUGGUAACUUAAGCAACUUGAAAACUUUGUUCCUCCGAGACAACCAACUUUCAGGUCCCAUACCUGGAGAAAUAAGAAAUUUCAUGAAUUUGUGGAUGUUGGAACUUGAUCAAAACCAAUUCAUUGGGAAUUUGCCCCAAAACAUUUGUAGAGGUGGAUCACUGGAAUACUUCAUAGCAAAUGACAACCAUUUCAUAGGUCCAACCCCUAAAGACAUGAAAAAUUGCAGCAGCUUAAAAAGAAUAGGCCUGGAAAAGAAUCGACUGACUGGAAAUAUAUCCGAAGAUUUUGGCAUCUAUCCUAGCUUGAAUUUUAUAAACCUAAGUGACAAUGAAUUUUAUGGUGAAAUUUCACCUACCUGGGCAUUAUGCAAAAAUUUAGGCAGCCUAUUGACUGCUAGGAACAAUAUCACUGGCAGAAUACCACCUGAGAUUGGAAACUCAACUCAGGUACAUUUUCUAGAUCUUUCUUUAAAUCAUUUAGUCGGGGAGAUUCCGAAGGGAUUGACAAAACCGACUCUUUUAACUAGGCUUAUUUUGACUGGGAAUCAACUCUCUGGUGGAAUACCAAGGGAAGUAGGAUUGUUUUCCAAUCUUGAGUAUCUAGACUUGUCUGCAAACAGAUUGAGUCAGUCUAUCCCUGAGAGUAUAGGGGAUAUGUUGAAAUUGCACUACUUGAAUUUGAGUGUAACAACUUCAGCCAGAGAAUUCCAGUUCAGAUGGGCAACACAUAAUGGGUUGCAAGGUCCAAUUCCUAAUACCCCGGCAUUUCAAAAUGCUUCAAUACAAGCAUUAGAAGAAAACAAGGGUUUGCGUGGCAAUGGUAGUGGCUUCAAACCUUGCAAGCUUUCUAAGAAAAUCCACAAGUUACUCUACACAAUCAUGUUUCCUCUGUUAGGAGGAGUGACUGGCCUUUCACUUGCUGCAAUGGCUUUGUUCAUCGGCUUCAAAAGGCAGAAAAAGAUGCAAAUGAACUUUGAUGCUCAGUGUUGCAUUGGAAAGGGAGGAUACGGAAGUGUAUACAGGGUAGAGCUGUCAUCAGGUGUUUUGGUCUCUGUGUUACCAUCUUCAUCUCUUGAAAUUCAGCUUCUGUCUAAAGUUUCUGGAUAUGGGGGGAGCAGUGUUUGGAGUUUAUGGGGAUGUGUCCAAGAGCUCCCUUGGGUGCGUGUGAGCUUAUUGUUUAAAAUGCUGGGUGUCGAGGAAACAGGGAGUGAUGAUGGAGCUACAGUGCUUCAGUGA